AUGACGAUGGAGGAUCCGCCUAAGAUUCAGCCAGGAAAUGGUGUUGCUGCCCAGGCCGAAAUUCGAUCUCAACUUCCCGCCCGUCCCUCGCUCGCUCCUUCUACCGCACCUUCCGCCACCGAGACGGCGUCGACGAUCGGAGGAGGAAAUUCAGUCGCAGAAUCGAGGGCUCCUUCAAAUGCUAAAGUUGCCAUUCCACGCAGCAGAGGAGGAAUCGCCCCGCGAUAUAACCGUCGGGUGCCUCGGGCUUGCGAAUCCUGUCGCCAGCGCAAGACGAAGUGCAGUGGCGAUACACCUAUUUGUCGCCAGUGUCGUGAGUUAAGGGUGACAUGUAACUAUCCUGUUGGUUGGAAGGAAAGGACGAAAAAGCAGGUUGACAAACUUACGGAGAAAGCCCAUGACUAUGAAGCCCUGUUGAAAGACUUGGGAAGUAUUGUGGAGACUCGCACUGCAGACCGGAUCAAAAGCUUGCUGGACAAGCAUGGUUUGGAUGUGGAGUACUCAUCAAACAGCAAUCCGUCUCACUCCGUUACGCCCCAGGAUGAUAUUGUAGAACCAGACGAGCUGAGCUCACCAUCAUCGAUUGGCUCGCUUGAAGCGAUCGAUCGAGUGCAAGAGGAUCUAAAUCGAAACGAAAAUUCUCGAGCCACGGGGUAUAUGGGGAAGAAUUCCGAGGUGACCUGGAUGCAACGGCUCCAGAGAGAAGCAGAACACCGAUCACAGGGAUUACCGGGAUCUCUAGAGCCAGGACAAAGCAAAAGACAAGAUGACGACCUUGCCCUCCACGCCGUCAACUACCAUUUGGAUGACUUGGAUAUCUCCGUCCCUGGCCCGAUCGAGAUGUAUGCUGUGCCAUCUCGGGAGCUAGCUGACCACUACUUUGAAGAUUACUUACGGACUGUUCACCCAUUCUUUCCGAUAAUUAAUCAGCCUCUAUUUACUGCACAGUAUAAGACGUUCUUUGACAGUAACGCACAGCCUGGUGACAAAUGGCUUGCCAUCUUGAACAUGAUCUUUGCCAUCGGAUCCAAGCACUGCCAUCUCAUUGAAGCACCAUGGGCUGGGGAUGACAAAGACCACUUGAUGUUUCUGACUCGAGCCAGGUUCCUCAGUAUGAAUGGUGAUGUCUUAUUCAGUCAUCCUGAUCUCCAGCAGGUCCAGGUUGAAGGCUUGAUUGCCUUCUACCUGCUUUCCUCGGAUCAAAUCAACCGGGCAUGGAAAAUUUCCGCACUGGCUAUUCGGUCUGCCAUUACCCUAGGUAUCAAUAUGAAGAAUAGCAGCCCCACGACGCCAAAUAUCUCCAAAGAGGCUCGGUACCGUGUGUGGUGGUGUCUCUACACCUUCGAACAUCUGUUGGGUAUCAUGACUGGCCGAGCCACUUGUAUUCUGGAUGGAGUUUGCACCACACCUUUGCCGCUUCCGUUCGAAGAGGACACACUCACAGAGCCAGCUGCUGCUGAAUUAUUAAACAAUUCAGUAGUCCGGGAUGAACGCAUCAACAAAGUGAUGGCGAGUGCUUGGGUUCGACACAUGCCCCUCAACCCCACUGGUGGGAAAGAACCCACCGACGCAGCCCGUUUUCGGGACAAUUCGUGGGUGAGAAGCUUACCCGCCAGCUCCGGCCUUUGCCACCUCUACUAUUGCGACUUGGCCGUAGUUGUUCAGGAAAUCGUCAAUAAAGUGUACUCGGUGGAUUGUGUGAUGGUCCCCUGGGCUCACAUUGAGAAUCGAAUUGGCGAAUUGAGGUCUCGUAUCGACCUUUGGUAUCAUAGUCUUCCAGACACACUCGACUUUACCAAGAAGGAGGAUGAAGGUCCCGACAGACUUCGUUAUAAGUUAGCUCUUGCAUUUCACUACUACAGUGCGCGUAUCACAUUGGGACGGCCUUGCCUCUGCCGGCGCGAUGCGCAGAAGAAGAGUCCUUCUGAGCGCUCCACCUUCAGCCACGACAUGGCAGAGCUAACUCUGGAGUCUGCCAAUCUCAUGCUCGAUCUCAUCCCCGAUGAGCCUAAUGGUAUUCAACUCUACGAAAUUUCCCCGUGGUGGUGUAUUCUACACUAUCUCAUGCAAGCAGCGACUGUUCUCCUCCUGGAGUUGUCCUUCGGUUGUGUUCACAAGCCAGAGAACGAAAAGCUCUUCAUCGUUCUAGCCAAAAAGGCAAUCCGAUGGCUUUUCUCCAUGUCCGAGCAUAGCAUUGCUUCUCGGCGUGCCUGGCAACUAUGUGAUGUUAGUCUCCGCCGCUUAGCUACUGGCAUGAAGUUCGAUGUCAGCGAUAUGCCUGAGCACACUUAUCAGGCUGCUCCUACCUCCACCCUCUCAAUUGAACAGCCACACGAGGCCGUACAAAACAUUACACCCUCUGCAACGGGCCUCUGGAAUCCACUGCUGGAAGACCUGUCAUUAGCUGGCCAAGACCCCGAGUUUGGCACAGAUCAUUAUUAUAACAGUUACCCAAGUUUUUCGGAUGUUCCAACGUCAGACCCCAUGGCCGCUAUCAAUGACUCUCAAAUGACGGACGAUCUGUAUUUCCCAUAUGAUCCCAUCAGCGGUGAAUUCAUCCGCUCGUUCUUCCCAUACUCGAAUGAAGAACAGAACUGGAACCAGACUUGA